AUGUCUGUCAGUAUGAAGCUGCUGUGUGUGACUCUGUCUCUCCUCCUCACUGCCAAUGUGUCUGGCGGUGUAACCGUUCAACAGUCUCCUGUCCUGUCAGUCUGUAGAGAAGGAGACGUGUCCGUCACGCUACAGUGUUACCAUGACGACAGCAGCUACUACUACAUGUUCUGGUACCGACAGAGAGACAACAACAACAUGGAGAUGCUAACAUAUUCUAUGGGUCAAGACGUGUGGGAAAUAGAACCCCCUUUUGUGAAGGAUAUAAAAUACACCAUGAGCAGGCCGAAGCUGACCAGCUCCACUCUGGAGAUCAAGAACGUGGAGCUUGGGGACGGGGCUGUUUAUUACUGUGCUUCCAGUAGAGCACGUUCAAAUCAACCAGCCUACUUUGGCAACGGAACCAAACUCACUGUUUUAGACCCAGCUAUCAAUGGCACAGUGAAUGGCACAGUGAAAGUCCUUCCACCCUCCACUGAGGAGUGUGAGGCUAGAAACAAGAAGAAGAAGAAGACUCUGGUGUGUGUGGCCACCGACUUCUACCCCGACCAUGUCACUGUCUUCUGGCAAGUCAACGAUCACAACAGAACUGAAGGCGCCGGGACCGACAACAAGGCCUUGCAGAAUGACAAUAAAUUAUACAGUAUCACCAGCAGAUUGAGAGUCCCAGCCAACGAAUGGCACAACCCUGCCAACAGAUUCACCUGCAAUGUCAUCUUUUACAAUGAGAAGGGCUAUGAAUGUGUGGAUGACACCAUUAGUGGAGAUCUCCAAGGUCAAAGUGGUGAAGGGAUGACUAGAGAGUACUAUGUGAAGAGCACUCUGACUGCCAAACUGGCCUACAGCGUCUUCAUCGCUAAGAGUACCUUCUAUGGACUGGUCGUCAUGGUUCUGAUUUGGAGGUUUAAGGGCUCCUCAGAGAAACAGAUUUAACGGAAGACCAGUGGGUGUUGAUUCUACCAUGUGAUCAAGGACGGACUGGCCAUAUGGCAAGUCUGGAAAAUGCCAGAUGGGCUGGUCCAUCUUUAUUCCAGUGGGCCUGUCUAAAUUGGCUUUUUUUUUAGCAAAUGAAUCAUUAUUUGGCUAGUACAGGUGGCCUUAAGGAAAAACAUGGGCCGGUGUGUUAGAAAUGCCCGGGCUGAUUUCUGGUCCCAGUUCGUCCCUGCAUGUAACUGCAAUGUCCAUUGUGCUUAUUGCCUCCAUAACCUCUCUAGUACCCCGUCUAUGUGCUUAUUGCCUCCAUAACCUCUCUAGUACCCCGUCUAUGUGAAGACCUGCUAUUUAGACUCUCCUAUAAACAUGAACUUGUAAUUUAAUGUAUAUUUGAGUAAAUUCAGCCAAAACAGUCUUUCCAUUAACUCACAAAACCAAUGUUUGGUUGUCAUUUGUUUUUCCAGUAAUUACAGUGUAGUUUGUAAUAAAUAUAUUUUGUUUUCCAA